AUGGUCCAGGCUUUAAACACGUUCAAUCUUUCUAGCACCGUCCGCGAGCCAGGCAUCGACAAUUAUCUCGGUAUUUGGAAUGGCAAAAAAUUUCUUGUGGACGACUACGAUGGGUCGAAAUGGAGCCUAGCAAAUAUGUACUGGCGAUAUGGGUACAGUAUUGCAAGAGCGCUUGCGCUCAUAGAAAAGGCAAUUGUUGCAUUUUCCCGUAUCUAUUCGCCCCAGUUCCUGCACAACCGCGCACCGAAAAACACCCAUGCAUCCAAGUCUGGUUAUCCAUGGGUGUCAGUGAGCGAGUUAGUGUCGAGCAUCAAGUCUGAGAGCCUUGCGAAACAAACAUUGCGUGAUUAUCUUAUACAUGAGCAUGUAUCAAAGCAAUUUGCAGAAGAAAUAGGGGCGGCCGCAACGCGUGGGAACUAUGCUCAAGAUGCCGACCAAAUUCAUGCGUUCGCAGGGCUUGUCUCGAUGGCUGCAUCCGAGACUGCGUCAAUCCAGGGCGGGAAUAGUAAGUUGUUUGAGCAUAUGCUUGAACAAAGUGGUGCAGUCGUGCGCAGAGGACGAGAAGGUGAUGUUACUGGGAUUAUGAAAGUAAGUGCGUACCAAAGUGCUCCUCGUUGGUGGGUUGGAACACGCGAUGGCUAUGGCCAAGAGUUUGAUGCAGUGAUUAUAGCAGCCCCAUGGCUCGAGUCUGGCAUUACUUUACUUAAUACCGAGGCAGUGGUACCAGCAUACGAAUACCAAAAUAUGCAUGUCACUGUGGUCGUCACAGACGCCGCGCAGCCGGACCCAGUGUACUUUGGCUAUCCGGACUCUUACAAGGAUGUACCUCGCACAAUUCUCACAACUCCAACUGAGCAUCCCACAUUUCUGUCGCUUGCCUAUGUGCAGACAAUGGAAAAUGUUGUGUACGGACAGGCGUGGAAGAAGCUUCACGUUGUUAAGCUCUUUUCGCAUGCGCGCAUGGAGCGAGACGAACUUCAGCGCAUCUUUGGACACGGGAAGAUUGUGUGGACAUACGAAAAGGAGUGGGCAGCUUUUCCCAAAUUGACCCCAACCAAUACGUUGGGGUUUUUUGUUGUGGAUGAAGGUAUGUACAACAUCAACGCAAUGGAGCGGCUCGUGUCUACCAUGGAGACGAGCAUUGUUGCCGCAAAAAAUGUAGCAGCACUAUUGCUGCAACGAUGGUUAGGCACUAGAAUGGUGCUCGGCUACCACUGCAAAUGGGAUGAGGGCACACCCCUGGUCGCUACAAAAUGGGCGGGAUGGGGCUGUCUAAGCAGUUAG